AAUGUCAGACAUCAGAAAGAUAGCUAUCAAGAAGCAUUGGCUAAGCAUCAAAAGAGGUUCAAAGGGCAGAAGGAGAAGUUACAUAAAUGGAAGAUGGCCCUGCAUCAAGUUGCUGACUUCUCUGGCUAUCAUUUCAAAGAUGGGUACCCACCUUACCAAUCUUUUUAUUUUAUUGAAAAUUAGUCUACGUAUCAAGACAUGGAUACAAUGCUUCUAGUUUAACUUAAUUAAACUUUAAUGUUUGGAACAGGGAUGCAUACCAGUACGAGUUUAUUGGGAGAAUUGUUGAACGGGUUUCUAGGGUGAUUAAUCAUGCUCGUUUACAUGUUGCGGAUUACCCAGUUGGCCUACUGUCACAGGUGCUGAAAGUCAAGAAACUUUUGGAUGUUGGAUCGGAUGAUGUUGUCCACAUGAUAGGGAUCCAUGGAAUGGGUGGGUUAGGAAAAACAACACUUUCUCUAGCAGUUUAUAAUUUGAUUGCUGAUGAUUUUGAUAGUUCAUGUUUUCUUCAUAAUGUAAGAGAAGAAUCAAAUAAACAUGGGUUAAAACACCUCCAGACCGUCCUUCUUUCAGAAAUACUUGGGGAGAAGGACAUCAACUUAGCAAGUGUGCAAAGAGGAAUUUCAGUGAUACAGCAAAGACUUCGUAGAAAGAAAGUUCUCUUGAUUCUAGAUGAUGUUGACAACAGAAAGCAGUUACAAGCAUUUGCUGGAAGAUCUGAUUGGUUUGGUCCCGGCAGCAGGGUUAUCAUUACCACUCGAGACAAACAGCUGCUAAAAUCUCAUGAGAUUGAAAGAACUUAUGUGGUGAAGGAAUUGAAUAAGAAUGAUUCUCUUCAAUUGCUUGUAUGGAAUGCUUUCAAAAGGGAAAAAGUUGAUCCAAGAUACGAGGACGUGUUGAAACGUGUAGUAACUUAUGCUUCUGGUCUUCCAUUGGCUAUAGAAGUAAUAGGUUCCAACUUGGUUGGAAAAAGUGUAGAAGAAUGGGAGUCUGCGAUUGAACAUUACAAAAGAAUUCCUAACGGUCAAAUUCUAGAGAUACUUAAAGUAAGUUUUGAUGCUUUGGGGAAAGAAGAAAAAUAUGUCUUUCUUGACAUCGCCUGUUGCUUCAAAGGAAGUAGUUUGAAAGAAGUUGAACGUAUACUUGGUGUUCUUUAUGAUAACAACAUGAAACAUCAUAUUGGAGUGUUGGUGGAAAAAUCUCUCAUAAAGGUUGGGCGUGGAUGGUUUGAUGUAAUUGAAAUGCACGACUUGAUUGAGGACAUGGGUAGACAAAUUGACCUGCAAAAGUCGCCCACAGAGCCAGGGAAGCGCAGGAGAUUAUGGUUAGGGAAAGAUAUCAUUCAUGUGUUAAAAGACAACAAGGUAAGUAAGCUUCUUCGACCACUGAUAUGCUUUCUUAACUUGAUUUAAUAUUUUUAUAUCAUCUGUUCACAUCAUAAUAAUUUUUUUCUCUUAACAAUUUCCCAGUUCUCUUAACACGUGAAUUUUUUUGAUUCGUGAAUGUGAGUUUUGCAUUAACAGGGAACUAGAGAAACUGAAAUCAUAUGCCUGGAUUUGUCUAUAUCUGAGAAAGAAGAGACGCUAGAAUGGAAUACCAACGCCUUCAUAAGGAUGAAAAAC